ACGGUUUGUCCUCAUAUAUUGUGAUCAAUGGAGUUUAUUUUGAGCGAAGGAUUUGCACAUUGUGGCUGGAGACAUGCCGACCGGCGCGUGCGGACCGCAGCUCCGUGUGGAGUUAUCUAAACCGUAUCAGCCACGUGUGCCGAAACUCGUGUCCGUGCCACUACCACCCCGUAACGUGUCCUCGACAGCGCCAGUGCCUCCUGCAGAUGAUGUACCCAUCAACUUGCUGUCGCUUCUGCCGCCAGAUGCAUGGGAUCGACUGUCGUUCGAGGAACAACAAGACUUGGUGGCCGACUUGCCGCCGUUGGAUGGAUGGUGGGACUUGUCUGCCGAGGACGCGACGGCCGAGAACCUCCGCCAACUCUUUCGCGGCGCGAAUUUCAACUUUGGCAACCCGUUGAUGUCGUUCUACUUUCCAAGUGACGCACGCUCCACGGCGCGUGCGGUGGCGAAAGCCGCAUUUGACGCCCGCAAACGCGUCUUCACGAAGCAACUGCUGCAGUCGAUCAUUCAAAAUCGAACGCAGUGUCUCAAGCAAGUGCUUCCCGCGGACGAGCUUGCGCUGAAUCCCGAGUUGGAUAUUUCAGUCAUUCCACCGUGUAAACAAGCUCUCGACGACGUCGACCACUCAAUUUUCAUGGCCAUUCGACACGCGUUGACAAGUUUAGGGCCUGCGACCGUGGAUUCAAUUACCGCUCACUUGGAAACUCACGCCCCUCGAUCGAUCCCUCCACUCUCUGAGCGGCCGCAGCAGAUGCGCGCCUCCCAUUAUAUCCACAGUGCGUUGUUGUUCCUCAGUCGGCCCGUCGAUCCGUCGUCCGCAUCGCCAGAUGACCAAGACACAUCGUGGAGCAGUCCUUUCGUCGAACACGUUGCCACGACCAACACGUUUGCAUGGCGUCGUGAAGACGGCAAAGUCGACGCCGACAUGAUGCACCGCUUGCUCUUACUGGAGCGACUCUUCCGGUCGCCUUUCGACCUCGUGGAUCCGUCCGUGCAGCAUCUGCAAUCGGCAUUGCAACUCGCUCGCAAACGACAUCCCGACGUCGCACAGCACUUGGUCAAUGGGGCGUGCACGCCCCCUGCCAAACUGCCGAAAGUCGCUCCUGUUUCUGGGAACGGCAGCGUACAUGACACAGUUCUACUCCCACCGUCGUUCGUGGUCAAGCGGGCCAAUCUUCCAUUGCAUCGUCAGUACCCCUUGCUCCGCGAUGCAUUCCAGCAACAGGAAUUGCAGCGAUACCAACAUGCCCGCCAGCCCUUCAUGUGCGUUGGUCUUGCCAUCUUUUUGUGUUUUGCAUUCAUAUCACGGGUAGUUAUUUCGACGGAGACUCGGGCUUCCAAACCCUCGUUGGCCCGUGCUUCCCGCCUCUCUCGUCGGAUCGGUUAGCGUCGGCGGUGCUGGUCCCAGACGUACCUCCGCAAGUCACAGUGCUCAACGUCGUUCGCGAUGCUGUCGCUCGACUGCCGUCUCAAUGCGGCACGCGCGCUGACGUCUUGGCACUCUUUCGCAUGUCCAUGUAUGCCACCGUUCAACUCGAUGCUUGGUCUUGAUACUCUGGCCAUAGGUUUGUCAAUCCGGUGGCCCCCAUCGACGAGCUAGAUAUGGUACGUUCCACAUCGCAAUAACAGCAGACGAUGACAACACACAUGCUUCGUGAACAAAGGACUGAUGGCAUCCUUUUGCCCGUAGGCCGUGGCGAGAGGGCUCGACACGUUGGCGUCGACGGCACCGCCUUGCGCGUACUUUCGCUUCCACAAUGAGCACAACGCGUGGCUUUGGCACUACGCCGCCCCCGCGAGCCGACCAACCUAAGCACACACAAAAUGGAACUCUACGUACGAAUGCUUAUUGACUUGGUGGUCAUGGUGUCAUUCCUGCGGAUCUUUC